CGCUCACCUGUCUUCACAGACGACAACAAAACCCAUGAUUUUUGAGGAACUUGGAGGAGGGAAGAGAAAGUUAACGUAGAAAUGUAAAAGGCAAAAAGACAAAGGGAGGGAUGCAAUUAUAUAUUUUGCUGCAUGUAAAGAAAUAUAAUAAAAAGUGUAGCUUGGAAAGAGGGCAAGUAACUUUGUUUGCGACAUUCGACCAACACAGUCAACCAGGUAGUGGCGGUUCUUUGCGAACGUAUCAUCACUGAAAUCAUCACCCGUGACGGGUUGGCUCUAGUGAACAUGUCAGGUAGUACUUUGCGUUACGGAGACAAAGUUGUCAUUGUGACCGGCGGGUCCAAAGGGAUUGGUAGAGGGAUUGUCAAAGUAUUCGUGGAGAAUGGGGCCAAAGUUGUCUUCUGUGCAAGAGGGGUGGCAGCAGGACAGGCUCUAGAGGCCGAGCUGAACAGGGCAGGGCCAGGGUCAUGCAAAUUUGUACCUUGUGACAUCUCCAAAGAGGAGGACAUCAAGAGGUUGAUUUCAGUGACAGUGGAGCGUUAUGGUCAAAUAGACUGUCUGGUCAACAAUGCUGGGUGGCACCCACCUCAUAAACCCACAGAUGACACUACUGCAGAUGAGUUCAGAGAUCUUUUGAAUCUUAACCUCAUCAGUUACUUCCUGGCCUCCAAAUAUGCCCUGCCCCACCUGCGACAGCGCCAGGGGAACAUCAUUAACUUGUCCAGUCUGGUGGGCUCCAUUGGUCAGAAAAAUGCAGCACCGUAUGUAGCCACUAAGGGGGCGAUCAUUGCCAUGACAAAAGCCAUGGCUGUGGAUGAGAGUCGGUACCAAGUGAGAGUCAACUGCAUCUCCCCUGGUAAUGUGAUGACACCUCUGUGGGAGGAGCUGGCUGGACAGACUGCAGAUACCUUAGCUACCAUUAAAGAGGGAGAGAACGCUCAGGCACUUCAUGGACGGUUCAUUCAAGCCAUCCCCUACUCUUUGGGGUCGUUGCGGUUUGCCAGCUCAUUCAAGGCCGCAGACCUCACUAUCGAGCGCAACACUGCGGGGAAGCCCAAGCCAGACCCCGCCUCCCUGGUGUUUGGCAAGCAGUUUUCAGACCACAUGCUGACCAUCUAUUGGUCAGAGAAAGAGGGCUGGAAGGUUCCCCAGAUCAAGCCCUUUCAGAACCUGUCGCUGCACCCUGCCACCUCUGCCCUGCACUACUCCAUAGAGCUGUUUGAGGGCAUGAAGGCGUUCAGAGGGGUGGACAACCACAUCCGUCUGUUCAGACCCAACCUGAACAUGGAGAGGAUGCACCGCACUGCUGACCGCAGCUGUCUCCCUUUGUUUGAUAAGGUGGAGCUGUUGGAGUGCAUCAGGAAGCUGGUGGAGGUGGACCAGGACUGGGUCCCCUACUCCCUAGACGCCAGCCUCUACAUCAGACCCACCUACAUUGGGAUAGAGCCUUCCCUGGGUGUGUCGAGGUCCAGCCAAGCCCUACUAUUUUGCAUCGUGGGUCCUGUAGGGCCCUACUUUACCACAGGGGCCUUCAGCCCAGUCUCUCUGCUGGCAGACCCAAGCUAUGUCAGGGCCUGUAGAGGGGGGGUCGGAGCCUACAAGAUGGGGGGUAACUAUGGGCCUACUAUAUCAGUGCAGAACGAGGCCAUAAAGCAGGGCUGUCAGCAGGUCCUGUGGCUGUAUGGAGAGCAGGAGGAGAUCACAGAGGUCGGCACCAUGAACCUCUUCAUCUACUGGACGAAUGAGGGAGGAGAGAGAGAGUUGCUGACUCCUCCUCUAGAUGGCAUCAUUCUCCCAGGAGUCACCAGACAGUCUCUGCUCGACCUGGCCAGAGAAUGGGGAGAGUUCAAAGUGACAGAGCGCACCAUGGGCAUGAAGGAGCUGCUCGGUGCUCUGGACUCAGGCAGGAUUACGGAGGUGUUUGGUGCCGGGACGGCCUGUGUGGUCUGUCCCGUCGGCAGCCUGCUCUACAAAGGGAAGACCUACCAAAUUCCUACAAUGCAGAAUGGUCCAGACCUGGCCAAGCGAUUCCACAAAGAGCUGACAGACAUGCAGUAUGGUCGGAAACAGAGUGAAUGGGCACCACUGGUCGUUUAAUUGGCAGUUUGCACAUGCCAAUCAUAUCCCGACCAGUCCCCCGCUCCAUCUUCAAGACCAGCAGUUUCAGCACAACCCAUAAUGCACUCCUUCUGAUAGGCUGGCAGACCGGCAGAGAUGAACAGGUCACGUCUGUGUUGGUGUUUCUGCGGGAUUUGUAAAGGGAUAGGGUUAGUCUGUCAUUCAAAUGUUGCAACUUGCAUGGAAUACCGACAGUUACACAAUACUGUAUAAGUAAUGCUGUGAACCGGCCGCAGCCUCGGUUCAACCAACCUAGUCUAGUCUUUAUUUCUGUGUUAGGAACAAAGUCGGUCUUUUUCCUAUUCAGUUCUUUAUCAUACUGUAGCACAGGUUACAGAAGAAAUCGUCCUCCAAGCGUUUUAGUAAACACUACCUGAGAUGGUCUAUAGGGUUGUCCAUGCUAUUAGACACAAACUGAUAUAUUGUUGUGCGUAUUGCAUAUUUAAACUAUUACAACUAUUGUAGGGGAUUACUGGUAAGUUAUUGGUCAUUUGCAAUAUGGGAAUAACUUUUACAGGUACUUAAUAGGAACAAUUGAGUGUUAAACAUUUUCACUGGCUGACAUAAGGAAUGUGUUGACUGUACUAUUAUUGUUAAGUGACUGUAGGAACAGAUCAGAUCAAAACCACAUCACAGGAUUUGUUACUUUCUAAAUAUCACUAUAUAACCUGAGGAAGUAGAAUAUGAUUUAAAAUACUUUGUUGUUGUAUAUCAGGCCAGGAAUACAAAUGGUUAUACAUACCAUAUUGACACCAGAGGUGCUUUUCAACAAUCUCCUAGAAAUGAGUUUACACUGACCUUAGUGUGAUUUAAGUCAAGUGUGUGACUGAGCAGAAGAAAGUCAGUCAAGUGUGCAUGUGUGUGACUGAGCAGAAGAAAGUCAGUCAAGUGUGCAUGUGUGUGACUGAGCAGAAGAAAGUCAGUCAAGUGAUCGUGUGUGUCUUUCUGGAUUGGAAAGAUGCCACUAAGAAAGUGAUGUUGAAAAGAUUGAGAUUAAAAUGGAGAGGUCCAAGUGAACUCAAGCAUACACAAAGAGGUUAGCUAUAGCUACAUGAUAUACUUAAGCAAUAAGGCCCGAGGUAUAUGGCCAAUAUACCAUGGCUAAGGGCUGUUCAAAUGCGCAACGCGAAGUGCCUGGAUUCAGCCCUUUAGUCGUGAUAUAUUGGCCAUAUACCACAACCCCCUUUGGUGUCUUAUUAAGCAAUAAGGCCCGAGGGAGUGUGGUAUAUGGCCAAUAAGGGCUGUUCUUCGGCACAACGCAUUGUGGAGUGCCUGGACUCAACCCUUAGCCGUGGUAUAUGGGCCAUAUACCACAAACCCGAGGUGCCGUAUUGCUAUUAUAAACUGGUUACCAACUUAAUUAAAGCAGUAAAAAUACAUGUUUUGUCAUAUCCGUGGUAUGCGGUCUGAUAAACCACGGCUGUUAGCCAACCAGUUUAUUGUAGACUUCAGAGUAUGAGAGACCAUGUUCAAUAGAUGCUAUAGACUGACUUCUGCAUUAGGUUGUGUGUAAUCAUUAUGUAAACUUAAGGUAACAAUGAGUAGUUAUGUCUGUGGGUUUUUGUCAAUUGGAACAACCGUCUUCCCAAUUAUUAACUGUAUAUCCAAGUUUAUGUCCUCACCCUGCUGCUUUCCUUUCUAUUAAUGUAUUUGCCUCUUUCAUAUCGCUUGGUUUUCUCCAUUCCUCCCUAAGUGCCUGACCGGGUGUGUGGACUGUCUUUGUCCUGUGGAUCUAACAUGUUUUUAGUGGUUGCAGUAGGCAAUCCUGCUGGAUCUUUGUUUUUGUUGUGGCACAUUGUUACUAGAUUUUUACAAUAAACUCCAUCUGUGUUC